CGCAGCGCCGCUCCGGGAACCUCAGAACAUGUGACUUGACUUUUCUUCGGCUUGCUGAAAGCCGUGGAGAGUUCUCUCCAUCUUGGUGUGAUAUUUUUCAUUUUAGGGACUUGAGUUAUGAUUAUGAACAGCUCUUUAUGUUGUUGAUUAUUCAUUUAUUUGUUUACUUUUUCGGGAAGGGAGCGUCGCUUUGGUACUAGUUAAUCUAAUUUUGUUAAAUAGAAGAUUAUUUUUCCAUCAUUUCUCUCCUUAGUAUCACUUGCUGCAUUUUGCUCUAAAUAAAGGCAGCUCCUCAUCUUACUCCUGAGCUAGUCAAUCUGUUCAAAGACUACACAAUUAUAAAAGCUUCAAAAAGUCCAUAUUGUUUGACGGUCCAUCAAACGACGUUUCCCCUUCAUUAAAACAAAUCCUAUAAUAUUUUCUUUUUUGUUUCUCUCCAUCGAAAAGAUCCUUUCCUUAGUAGCAUGGAAACAUAAGUAACAUAAAUAACAAUCAGUAGAAAUAGCCAACAGUCAUAACAACAGAAAACAAUUGUGUUUGGUGUGUUGAUAAAAGUGCAGUGUUUUUUUUCCCUUCUCAUUCGGAAAAUCGGUAUGGAAAAAAAUCCGAUGUUUUGAAAGUGAAGUUGGUGUUUGUGCAUAUUUUGUGUUGUAUUCAUAAAACGGCGGUUUUGCGACGAAGAAGCUUUUGCAGUUUUUGCAGAGGCCAAGGUGUUAAGCAGCUCUUAGGCUUAUCUUCCUCGUUAAUAAGAAGUGUGGACGCGCGGCCCAGGAGAGCCCGCUGCUUCCCCCGCGGUGCGCCCUCGCCGCCGGUGCUGGUGCGGCCGCGUCAGGAUGUGCGUGAGCGGGCGUCGGCCUGUCGGCGGGCCAGGGCUCCGCGGCCCCCCCUAAUGCCCCGCGAGGCUCGCUUCAGCGCGUGAGCCCGCCCAGCGCCAUGGGAGAGAGCAGCGCCGACCUGAUGGAGGGCACGCCCACGCCGCCCUCGUCGCCGCCGCCGCCGCCCGCGGGAGACAGGGCCCGCCGCGGCCCGGCCCGCCUGGCGGCCUUGCUGCGGGCCCGGCGCGUGCGGCUCAUGCGGCAGGACCAGCAGCAGUGCAAACACAGGAACCUCUCGAUGUCAGACUCGGAGUCAGUGAGCGGCUCCGUCAAGUGCCGGUGCGGAUCCCACAAGAGCCUCUCGAGGAACAACUCGACGCAGAGCGCGCAAUCCGCGGCCACCACGCAGACGCUGGUGUCGUCCUCGACGUCGUCCAACAGAGAUGGCCGAGGCAGCGACAAGUUCUCGAGGUAUGAGGACCUCGGCGAUGACAACGUGAUCGACGGUCUCCAGGUUAUCGCCGAGAGGGAGAUGAACUCCUUCCAAAAGCACAUCCCGGGACUCAAGCGCCACGACGCCAAGACAUCCACGAUCCGCCAGCACUACUAUCCUGAAGGAGGCUGGGGAUGGCUCAUCUGUGCGUGUGUGUUCGUCGUUCACGUGCUCACGACGGGCCUUCAGUUCUCCUACGGUGUCCUGUACACGGAUAUGCUGGAACACGUUGGGGACGAUAGAUCCAUGGAUGCAAGCUGGGUCGGUUCGACGAGUCUGGCCAUGUCCCGGCUGUCGGCGCCGCUGGUGGUGGCCCUGUGCCGGAGGAAGAGCACGCGUCUCACGGCUGUCAUCGGGGGCCUUGUCAUGGCACUGGCCAUCCUCUUCGCCUCCUUCGCCCUCCAGCUGCACCAGAUCUUCCUCAGCUACGGCCUGGUGCUGGGCGUGGGCGUGGGCAUGACGAGGGAGACGGCCAACCUGAUGCUCGGCCAGUACUUCAAGCGCAGAAGAGAAUUCGUCGAGAUCAUCGCCCAGUCAGGCUGCGGGAUCGGCAUCACCCUCUUCUCCGUUUUCUUCAAGGAGGCCAUCAGGUCGGUCGGCUGGAGACUCGGCCUGCAGGCUGUGACGGGGGUUGUCUUCACGGCUUUCUUCCUCGGGAUAUUCUACAGGUCGGCUUCUCUCUAUCAUCCGCAGCGCCGGGCCAUCCUGCACCUCAAGAACCAAAAGAGAAAGCAAGUGAAAGACAAGAACAAGGUCGACGCAGAUAAGCCUCCUUACUUUGACCUUAGUUGUCUUAAGGUCAGGUCAGUCCAGAUCCUCAUAGCAACAGCAGCAAUCAGUUCUAUAGGCCUCUACGCUCCACUCUUCUACCUCAUCCUCGGCGCCCAACGCGAGGGCCUGGAGGACUCGGCGCUGAUCCUCCUGCAGACGUUCCUCGGCUUCGCCUACGCCCUCGGCUGCAUUGGCUUCGGGCUCAUCGUCGUCAAGCAGAGUGCCCAGUGCAUGAUCUCGCGGCAGUACCUGUGCCAGGCGUCGCUCUACGGCCUGGGUGUUACCGUCCUGGCUCUCACAGCGGUCCGGGGCUACUACGGCUACGUGCUCUUCAUGUGGCUCUACGGCCUGCUACUCGGAGGCGCCCACUACGCCCUCCAGAUGCUCACCCUCGAGAAAGUGCGGGCGCGGCACUUCUCGAGGGCUUGGGGCUUUAUCCAGGGUGCCACGGCGUUUCCUAUCCUCUUCGGGGUGCCUGUGACAGGCUACAUCAACGAAAGCAACCCCAAGACGGGCUACUUCUUCUCGAGCGUGUUCAUGCUGGCGGGCGCGACCUGCCUCUUCCUGCUGAACUACUUCAAGGAGAAGAUGGCCAAGCACGACACCAGCGUCUCCUUCACAACCGUCGACUCGCACGUCCCUCACGAGCCGUACGCGCUGCCCCUGGAGAACGGGGGCGGCGGUAUCAAGGGGCCUGUGUGCACGUGCGGCGCCGACCCGGGCGCGCCGCCCCCUCCGCAGGGCGUGGCGCACGACCCGGCGCAGGCGCAGGCGUUCAACAAGCUGGGCAAGACCAUCUCGUUCGCCACGUCGGUGGACAUCAUGGAGCCGCGCCUCAAGCCCGAGCUGCUGACGUGCAUCUCGGAGGAGGGGCUCCUCGACCACUACUACGACUACGUGGGCGACUGCGUGACGUCAUGCAACAAGUUCGACAACUUCCUCGCCUUCAACGACUUCGAGGACGGCGUCGACUUCGCGGACGCCGAGGACGAGGAGGACGAGCCCGAGGAGCCGCCGCAGCAGCGCCCGACGCCCGUCCACGCGGCCGGCCGGCGCCUGCGCCAGGCCAGCGGCGUCAGCUUCAGCGAGCCCGAGGGCCUGGCGAGGCUCGGCCAGAGCAGCGGCAGCGCCUGCUCCCUGGGGGGCAUCGGGAACGGGGGCGGAGGGGGCGGGGGAGGGGGCGGAGGAGGCGGGGGCGGGGCGCGCCGCCCGCACCCAGGCCAAGAGUACAACGUGCCGCCCGUGCCUCGCCCGCCCAUCCUCCGCCGGGCGCCUUCGUCGCGCCCCCGCCGCUCCAUCACCGUCAUAGAGGAGAUGACGACGUCCGUGUAG